GGGCUUGUCGAAUCGAAACAUACACAUUACAGUACACCAUACUAUUCCUUAACAAUCACACCAUUUCGGGAUGAACUACCUCGGAUCGGAUUUCAACAGCACGGGGUCGGUGAUCGCAAAAUCGGAGCUGACGGCCGCCCGGUUGAAACGAGGUGAGUGCGUGACCUGCGGGAGAAAGUGUUUUAAAAAGAAGUUCCUCAAGAUGGUCCCCAUCGACGACGAGGAAGGGAACAUCCUCAACGGCCGCUGCCUCAACUGCAAGCCCCUGUCGAUGAAACAUCUCCCCAAGAAGCAGCAGGGCAGCGGUCACGGCAGCAGCCACAGCCGGAGCACCCGAAACAACCGCAGCCACCACGGUGGCAGCCAGGGUUCCCUCCGGAGGUCCAAGAGCGUCGCCAUCGAUGCCACCGUCGCGGUAGCGGAGUGCAAGCCGGCUUCGCACAAGCACCUGGGUUCGGUGCCCCCGAAACGAACCCUGUCGAGUCCCGCCCGGUCCCAGAACAGCAGCUACCACCGGAGUGCCGUCGGAACCAACAACGGCAUCGGGGCGACGUCGAGGAGCAGGGGCAGCAGCAGCAACGAUUCCAGCUUUGGCGGUUCCAACAACGUUCACACCAUUCCUUCCAACAGCGGCCACAGCCUUAGCGGUACUUCUUCUCUGGCGUCCAUCUGUUCCGCUGCCUCUGGCAGCACUGCCACCACUGUCUACCGCCAACCUCUCUCGCGCCAGGACAGCAUCGAUUCGUGCGGUUCCAUGAACUCGAACUCGAACUCGAAUCGCUCCCUAUCCAAGACCACAAAAUCGUCCCGGGAAGAGCUCGAGCAGGCGGCCCAGACCCUCAUGGCGGCAGCGAAGGAGCACGGCCUAGCCGACGGAACCCUGGUCGCUUCCCUGAGCGACAUCGUCAACCUAGGCAACGGCGUUAGUGCUGCUGGCGGGCAAGGCCCCAGCGACAAGCUUGCCUCAAAAAGUUUUGAUUCAUCCGAAGAGGAACCUCCGUCCCACCCAUCCCCAGACGUGGUGGUUUCUACGGGAGGUGUGCUCAACCGCGGGGGGGCCUUCCCGAUGAGGUACGGCCGCCACAUCUACACCGGAAGCACCCGUACCCUGAGCUCCAUGUCCUCGAUCGACGAGGGAGACCAGCAGCAGCUGCAGCAGCAGUCCCUACGAAUGGUGGGGAAGAGCUGCCGGACCCUGGGAUCCCUUUCCACUAUCGACGGGACCGACGAAGAAGAAAUCCAGACCCUGAACGACGACAUCCACAGCAAUCUCUCCGGCCCCAGCGGAACACCAGCGUCCGACGAGGUUCACAACGAAGAAAAGAAAGAGGGCGAAAGCGCCACCGACGACGACAAAACCACGCCGGAAACCGCCACCCGUUGUCUGGAACGGCUCAAGGAAUCCACCCUGGCCCCGUGCCCGGCCAAAUCGAUCGAGGCGAUCGAGUGUCUCCUGGAGUUUGUCGCAUGCUUGUUCGAUCCGGCCUCCGAGCUCGACCUCCUGAUCGAGACCGGCGGGAUCCAGGCCCUCGUCUCUGCCAUGGGAAAAUACUCGAAAUCACCGGGGAUCCAGGCAAGGGCCUGCGAGCUCCUGUCGGUUUUCGCGUCCCCGUGCGGAAGCAGCAACACCGACGACGACGAAUCGCGCAAGCGGAGGCGAACCGUCCUGGACCAAACCAAUGGAGCCGGGGAAGCCAUCCUGUACUUUUCCAUGAUCCUCCACGAAGACAGCGCGGAGGUCCAGCAGGCCGCUCUCAACGCGAUUCACUGCCUCUGCGAGGACUGCGGUGAGAACCAAGCCGACUUUCUAAAGCUCGACGUCAUGGAACCCAUCCUCCGGGCCAUGGAACACCACCGCAACGAAGCCCGUUUGCAAGAGAUCGGAAGCUCGCUGAUUUCUCUCCUGGCCAGCAACCCCGACAACGAAAACGUCGGGAGCGCGAUCGGGCUGAACGGCGGGGUUCCGGUGAUCCUCCGGGCCAUUCUGGUGCACCUCGACAACGCCCGCGUCGCGGAGACCUGCAGCCGGGCCCUCUACGAACUCACCCUGGGGGACCCCCACAACGUGGUCGUCGUGCUCAAGACCCCCGGAGCGAUUUGCGCAAUCCUCGAUGCCAUGCGGUCCCACCCCCAGAACACCGGUGUCCAAGAGAUGGGAUGCGCCGUCCUGUCCAACCUCACCGCGGACGCCGAGUACGUGCCCCUCUUGAUCACAAACGGGCAGGCCACGGAAGACGAAUCCGAGGAGAAGUCCACCGACGUUCUGGGGCUCGUCCUCGAGACCAUCCUCGAGGCGAUCCAGGGGCACUCGGGUGCUCCAACCGUCCAGGACCUGGGCUGUGCGGCCCUCGCCAACCUCACGGACUCGGACGAAACGAAGAUGUUCGUCGUCGACAAGGGCGUUCUGGACGCCAUCGUCCUGGCCAUGGUCCUGCACGCGGACCACGCGGAGGUCCAGGAGCGGGUGUGCCGGCUGCUCCUGCUCCUGGCCGUGAAGGUAAACCACAAACAGAUCCAGGCCGCGAUUCCGAUCGAGAUCGUCAGGGCCGCGGCCAAAAAGUUUCCCGAUCGAUGCUCGGAGCCGGCAAAUCGGUUGGUCCGAGAGCUCGGUCUGUGAGUAAUGCACUCGCAACCGUCCACAAACUUUCGUUCGUUGCCAUCGAUCGAUCAUCCAUUAGUAUUUACAAGUAGAAGUAUUUCAUUAUUUUUUUAAAAACAAUCGUCUUUCGCCAGAGUUCGAAAAGAAAACAAACCUCCGAGAAAAAAUGUAACAUUAUGCA